AUGGCCACACAUCGACAGGCUGGAGCCGCCUAUCGUGAGGACGAGCCCAGCCCGUACUGUGGCCCUUCUGCGGCUGUAUGGAACCCCGUGGGAAUUACGGGGCCCGCGUUGCGCCGGAAGAGGCGGCCGCGUGUGCGGAUAGGCCGCCGGCUGCGGGCUCUGUCUGAGUCACAGGAAGCGCCGGGGGCGGCUUCGGAGGUGGGGCUCGGGGGUGCGGCGGAAGCUGGGGGUCGCUGCGCCUCCCGUGGGGGUGGCGGCUGCGUCAUCCACUCUGCGGGGGCGGUGGCUAGCACUCCUGUAGAGAUAGAGGAUGAUGAUGAUGAUGAUGAUGAUGAUGAUGAUGAUGAUGGUGAUAGGUUUCUGGGGCUCUCAAGUGAGUCUGCAGAGCUGGAAUUAUCAUUUCAAGGAUUCAGACCAAGGACUGAUGUAAACCACCAGAGGAAGAGCAGAAGAGUAGGCGGUGUUGUCAGGAGGUGGCGAGUUGUCGGGCAGACAGAGAAGCGGCCCGUGGGCUUCGAUCCUGAGGCCAGGCCCUCGCGUUGGCCCACCCCCGCACGCGGCAUUGGCCCUGCUGCCGCCGCCGCCGCCACCGCCUCCAACCACCCCCGCCGGUCACGGGACAAGACCACAUCAGACAGCUUCAUAUAG